AUGCACAACAACAUCCACGAAGUGACCGAGGCCCCGACCACGGCCCAAGUGGUCCGCCUCUCCUCCUCCAAGGCAGGGCGUCGACUACUAAACGAAAUCGGAUUUCUUGGGAUACCCGAAAGAAUGGGCACCAUAAGGGACCUGUCCCGGUUCGACGCACAGAUGUUCGGCGUCAACCCAAAACAGGCUCACCUGAUGGACCCCCAAAUAAGGCUCCUGUUGGAGACUUCAUACGAAGCAAUCAUGGACGCAGGCUAUGAUCCAGCAUCAAUGCGGAGUCGCAACAUUGGUGUCUUCAUAGGCUGUUCCAUGUCUGAUUCCGACGACGCAUUCAGCGUGGACACGGACAAAAUAAACGGCUACGGGCUGAUCGGCAGCAACAGGGCCCUGUUCUCCAACCGCAUAUCCUACGCUUUCGAUUUCACUGGUCCGAGUGUGACGGUGGACACAGCGUGCUCAUCAACACUAUCAGCUCUUAAUCACGCUGUGCUGGCAAUGCGUUCUGGGCAGUGCGAGGCAGCUAUUGUAGGUGGAUGCAUGGUGGCCUUAAAACCAACCACUUCGCUAAGCUACUUGCGCCUCGGUAUGCUGUCACCAGACGGAAAGUGCAAGGCAUUCGACGCACAAGCUAAUGGCUACGUCCGAAGCGAGACUGUGGGUGUCUUUUUCGUUCAACAAGCCCGUCAUGCUCGUCGGAUCUACUCCAAAGUCGCCCACAUCAAGAUCAGUGCUGACGGCUACAAAAGCGAAGGCAUCUCUACUCCAUCAGCAAAGUUACAGGAAAAGCUUCUACGUGAAGUCUACAGCGAAGCCAAAAUUGACCCAACACUCGUGCUGUACGUUGAGGCUCAUGGCACAGGCACCAAGGUGGGCGACCCUCCCGAGCUAACUGCCGUGAGCAGCGUAUUCUGCAAGCCGAACCGAGCUGAACCUCUGAAGAUAGGAUCUGUGAAGAGUAAUUUGGGUCACAGCGAGGCGGCCUCUGGUGUUUCUUCGCUGGCCAAAGUUAUUUUGGCUAUGGAGACUGGAGUCAUCGCUGGCAACCUACACUUUCACCAGCCCAACCCCGACAUUCCAUCCUUGCACGACGGUACCAUCGAAAUUGUGACAAAGGCCACACCGUUCUCAGGUGGUCCCGUUGGUGUCAACUCCUUUGGUUUCGGAGGCACCAAUGCGCACGCAAUUCUGGAACAAGUGCCGGGACCCCACGUGAAUAGCAGAGUGCGGGAUAAGGCAGAGCUUCCAAGACUUGUCCUACUGGCUGGAAGAACGAAAGACUCCCUUGAGCGCACUACGGAACGCCUCGAGAAGGAUGGACCCUACCCGGACUCCGGCUACGCUCUUCUCAACAUUGUCGGCCAGCCAAGUGUAAUGCAGUUUCCUUACCGAGGCUACAUGUUGGUUCCCGUGGACGGCAGCGGCAAAGAAGUAAUUAAAGCCAUAACGGAAACUACGUCGACGAAGCGGCCACUGUGGUUUAUUUUUACUGGAGUUGGCUGUCAAUGGAAAGGCAUGGCCCAGCAGAUGAUGCACUUUGACGUCUUUGCACGCUCCAUUCAGCGCUCGCAUGAACUCCUCAAGCAGUUUGGCGUUGACGUCAUAGAGCUCGUAACUUCCAAGAAUGUGGAUGGAGCCGUAGGUCCCCUGUACGGCUGCAUUGCAGCUGUUGAGGUUGCACUUGUGGAUGUACUCCUUGCUUUGGGCAUUAGGCCAGAUGGCAUGGUUGGUCACUCUCUGGGAGAGAUCGGCUGCGCCUAUGCCGACGGAUGCCUCACAGCCGAACAGACCGUGCUGUCCGCCUACAUGCGCGGACGAUGCGUAGACACGGGUGACCUGCCUCGAGGAGCGAUGGCCGCCGUCGGCCUAACGUGGGAGGAGGCCACAAAACGCUGUCCAGACGGCGUGCAGCCAGCUUGUCACAACGCAGAGGAUUCUGUUACGGUGUCCGGAGCAGCUGAAGCAGUAGCCAAGUGGGUUGAAGAGCUAAAAGCUGAAGGCGUGUUCGUUCGAGAGGUGAACAGCGCAGGUGUCGCCUUUCACAGCAAAUUCAUGGAGACCAUCACACCAGCCUUUCUUCAGGCCAUGCAAAAGAUUGUUCCUGAACCCAAGAUGCGUAGUAAACGUUGGUUGAGCACAUCACUACCACCGCACCGCUGGCGCGAGGCCCUCGCGGAAAAGUUCACACCGGAGUACCACGUGAACAACCUUAUAUCACCGGUGUUUUUCUUCGAAGCUCUGCAACACGUUCCCAAGGACGCUAUCUUGAUUGAGGUUGCACCGCACUGCCUUCUACAGUCGGUGUUGAGACGCUCCGUUGGCACCGAUGCGGCUUGCCUUGGCUUGAUGAAGCGUGACGCGGACAACGUGGAUUUCUUCCUCAACUCCUUGGGCCAUCUGCAUUUGCUGGGCGUGAAGUUUGACCCAUCUCCGCUGUACCCACCGGUUCCCCUGCCCGUGCCACGUGGCACCCCGAACAUCGGGCAUCUCGUCAGCUGGGACCACUCCCAGCAGUGGACAGUCGCAAAAUGGAACGAUUUCCCAAUGUUGGCCCAGCUUUCGGAGGAUGUCGUCGAGGUUGGUCUCGAGGAUCUCGAAGGAGAUGCGUACUUGGCUGGACAUCAAAUUCAUCGCCGCGUUGUGUUCCCGGCGACCGGCUACAUAGUGAUGGUCUGGAAGUCCUUGGCGAAGCGCUUUGGGAAGCCAUUCGACGAACUUCCAAUAGUACUAGAGGAUUUAAAAUUUCAUCGCGUCGUCAUCCUGCCUAAAACAGGUACAGUGCGGUAUCUGGUGAACAUUAUGCGGGCGUCAGGAGAGUUCGAGAUCUCCGAGGGUGGCACGGUGGUCGCGAGUGGCACUAUUCGUCCGGCUGAGGAGAACGAGAAGAUCGUUGACUUAGAGCCAGUGACUUCACCCGCCGAUAUGCUGAACUACGACCUCGAUGCCGAAGACAUCUACAAGGAGCUCCGGCUACGUGGCUACGAGUACCAUGGCCUUUUCAUGGGCAUACUAAAGGCUGACAUACAUAAGCUAUGUGGCAAGCUGAAGUGGAGUGGAAACUGGGUGGCAUUCAUUGAUACCAUGCUCCAAAUGACCGUCCUUUGCAGUACAAAGCGAAACUUCAAGCUACCCGCUAAGAUUCAAUCGUGCUGCAUUAACCCCAUGGUCCAUGCCGACUAUGUUGAGAAAGCUCAAGAAAGCGGCAUGGAAGUUGUGUACAACGAGUGCCUCAACGUGAUUCAAGCUGGAGGCGUAACUGUGAAAGGCUUUAACACAAGCACUCCAACAAUGCGCAUCAUAGAUCAUACACUGAAUAUUAACGAGUACAACUUUGUGCCAUACAUAGACAGCGACGUUGCUCAGGAGGAGAGACAAGCUCUCAUUCAAGAGUACAUUGACAUCUGCAAUCGUACCGGUGAACGUGUGCUGAAGAAGCUCAGUAGCAUUGAUUGCAGCGCAGUAGACACUGUAGAGCAGAAUAGCCAUCGGCAAGAAAAAUAUUUUCGAGGGGUUCUCGAUAAUAAUGCCGAAAACUAUAGCCUUCUAAAUGUCCUCGGUAGGGUCGUUGAGCAGAUCGAAAUAGCGCCUUCGUCAUUGGAAGACUUCAUGAAAUCACUUAUGGACGCGCACAAAAAAGAACUUGACAGUGACAUGAUUACGACGGCGCUUUUUCAAGAGAACCCCUUGAGGCACAUCCUUGACGUUGUUGUGGAGAACACCAGCCUACAAACGCUACAAGUUCUCGAAAUUGCUUCGCCAGGCACUCAAUGGAUUUUGGCGCCGCAACUUUCCUCAUUCUUGGUCAUGAGCAAUAUGUUACUCAAUAUCGACUACACUGUUGCUCAGCAUCCUAUGGAUAACCUGCUGCCAGAAAAUUUACCAAAAAAUGCAAAAAUUGUAAAGUGGGAUCCUUUGUUUGACACCAAACAUCUUCCUGAAGCUAAUUUGAUCGUGUCCUGCUUCGGUCCCUGGAGUUCAUACAGCCCCGAUAUUCUAGCUUACAAGCUCUCAAAGCUGUGCAAAGAACAAGGAUUCGUGCUUAUAUCACACCGCACUGCUGUGACUCCAGCUGAGAGAGUCAUAUCGACAAUCACAAAGCAUGAAUUUGCAGUCCACACCAUCGAGGGCAUGGAAAUGUUGUUGCGGUCUCAUGGCUUCCAGCUGGUGGGCCGAAAGUCAAACAAUGUUUCUGCACUACUCCUGCUUAGAAAGACGGCCGUGACCGUUGGAGCAGCUAAGACGCUACUUGUCAGGGUAAACAAUUCUACAUAUGACUGGGUCGAGGUACUUAAGGCGAAGGCUUUAGAAGUGGAACAAAAGCCCCCCGGCCAUAACCUCUGGCUACUCGCCGAAGACUGCGGCAUCAGUGGUGUGGUUGGCUUGACAAACUGCCUUCGGUUGGAGACUGGCGGAAGCCACAUUAGGUGCAUCUUUAAUGCAAACAUAAAUCAGGCAGAAGAAAUCGAUUUCAGUCCAAGAAACCCAGCCUACACAGACUUACUAACCAAAGACCUUGUCAUGAACAUUUACCGUGACGGCCAAUGGGGAUCCUUCAGACUGUCGCGCCGAUUGAAAUGUGAUUCUCCGAAAAUUCCCACGAAGUAUGCUUGCAUCAGCAUACAGAAAAUUGGUGACUUGUCAAGUCUGCAGUGGUAUUUGGCACCACUGAGCUACGUUCUUCCAUCCAUUUCUUCUACCAAGGCCAUCUGCACAGUAUACUACGCUGCGCUCAACUUCCGUGACGUCAUGCUCACCACUGGGAAGCUCUCGGCCGAUGCUUUGCCAGAUGAUCUCGCCAGUUCUGAUUUCCUCCUUGGCAUGGAAUUUGCUGGCCUCGACGAGCAUGGGCGCAGAGUCAUGGGUAUUGUGCCAGUCCAGGGCUUGGCGACAGCUGUGGCUGUCGACCCAACUUUCUUGUGGGAAGUUCCCGAAACGUGGAGCCUUCAGCAAGCAGCCACGGUACCGAUGGUGUAUGCCACAGCCUACUACGCUCUUCUUGUGCAUGGGCACAUGCGUCCUGGAGAAUCGGUGCUCAUACAUUCCGGAAGUGGAGGAGUCGGACAGGCGGCCAUUUCCAUCGCACUUUCCAUGGGAUGCACCGUCUUCACCACCGUCGGUUCCAAAGAGAAACGAGAAUUACUUCUUCGCCGCUACCAACAGCUGGAAAACAGAAACAUCGCUUAUUCACGGGACUGCUCCUUCGAAACGCACGUGCUUCAAGAAACAAAAGGGAAAGGUGUGGACCUCGUGCUCAACUCGCUGGCAGAAGACAAGCUGCAGGCCAGUAUACGUUGCCUCGCUACCCAUGGCCGCUUCCUCGAGAUAGGAAAAGUUGACAUGUCCAAUGACUCGCCAUUAAAAAUGUCUGUGUUCUUGAAAGGCGUCACAUUCCACGGAGUGGUAUUCGAGCAUCUUCAUGGUGAUGCCGUCAGUGAGGUGGAAGAACGGCGUCUCGUUGCGGAAUACAUUCGUGCUGGCAUCGCAUCGGGAGCCGUGAGACCACUUGACGCCAUCUUGUUCCCACAUGACCAAAUGGAGGAUGCCUUCCGGUUCAUGGCCUCAGGAAAGCACAUCGGCAAAAUUGUGCUCGAGAUCCAGCCGGAGGAAACCCUGCAGAAACGUGGAGCGCCCAUGCCACUGACUGUCGAGGCUACAGCACGCACGUGGUUUUAUGAGCACAAGUCAUAUGUUAUCACCGGUGGUCUGGACGGUUUCGGCCUAGAGCUGGCCGAAUGGAUGGUCAAGCGAGGAUGUCGCAAGCUUCUACUCACCACUCGCUCAGGAGUGCGCACUGGGUACCAGCGGCUUUGUCUUCAUCGGUUCGAGAAGGCCGGAGCCAAUGUCAUUGUGAGGAAGAUAGACGCAUCUGAGGAGGACGGUGCUCGAAAAGUUUUUGAAGAAGCUACAGCCAUGGGACCCGUAGGAGGUAUAUUCAUCCUGGCUGUGCUGCUCCGCGAUGGGCUUAUUGAAAACCAGACAGCGGAGGCCUUUGAAACAGUCAUGAAAAUCAAGAUUAAUGGCACCCGACAUUUGGAUGAACUCUCCCGCAAGAUGUGCCCAGAGCUCGACCAUUUCGUCGCUUUCUCAUCCCUGUCAGCGGGGGUCGGCAACGUAGGGCAGACUAACUAUGGUUACGCCAACUCAGCAAUGGAACGCAUCUGCGAGAUUCGGGCUGCCCAGGGACUACCCGUACAACGAUAG